CACUGAAGCAUUACUAUGGCGACGAGAGUGUUUGGUGGAUGUUUUGUAGGUGAAACAACAGCCCUGUGUUUAAUGUAGAAGUGAUGGAAGUGGCACACACUGCAUCAGAGACAUUCACAGACAGUCAAAGGAAGAAGACACCCUCUACCCCUGUGCCAACUGGUGGAGGACAGAAAAAGAAGUCCCCCUGAUGUCCCUCAUCACCUACUAGAGACCCGUAGGACCCUUACACUUGAACGAUUUGAUACGUCUCAGUCAUAUGUUUGACAGGCUAUAUUCAGUCAAGAAGAAUAUGUUUAUUGUAGUAGAGUGCUUGGGCUAACAUGCUCAUGCUGCUAUCUGAGUUCCCAUAGCCUACAUUAUACAGUGUGUGGCUCCUCAGGCAUUUUGGUUUCUUAUAUUUCCAUUUUAGUCAUUUAGCAGAUGUUCUUAUCCGGAGCGACUUGCAGUAGUGAGUGCAUACGUUUUCAUACUUUCUUUUGUACUGGUCUCCCAUGGGAAUAAAACCCACAACCCUGGCAAUUGCAAGUGCCAUGCUCUACCAAUUGAGCCACAUGGGACUAAGCAGAUGGUGAAUACAGCUAUCUCAUUUAUAUUAUACUUAUACCUUCCAGAAACCUGUACCAAACUCAAGAGCAACAUUGCAAUCCAAGCAGAACCCUCAGCACUUCACUUCAGUGGGUUUAAACUGGGGAAGGACUAUCAGAGGAGCUUGCAUCGUCUUGUCCCCGGACUGUCCUACACACUGAAAGUACACUUCUGUCCUGACGAAUGGCGCUACUUCUAUGACUGUAUUCGGGUUCAUUGCAAGGGGGAAGAUAAUUUACAGGUUCCAGCCCAUGCCUACCCCAUCAUCGAUGACUUGCACAUCCCAACACACAUCACCAUACCAGCUGUCCCACUGGGCCAAAGUGUCAACCAUGUGAUCCCUCUGAGCUGCAGCUGUCCCAUUGACUUUGAGUUCCAGGUGUACAUCAUCCAGUCACACAAGGCCUUCUCUGUCCAGCCCCUGUCAGGAGUGAUUCCAGCCAAUGGGAAGGUGGAGGUGACCGUCACAUUCAGACCGUUCCAGUAUGACACGUCCCAGGUCACUCUACAGGUGGUCAUCUCCCAGUUCAACUCCAAACCCUACGUCUGCAGCCUCAGCGGGUCCUCCUCGCCCCAUUUAGAAAUGUUAAAGUCAACAGGAAAAAGACAUGGGACACGAGAAAUAAGUUUUGUUUGUUGACAGUCGAGGGCCUCCACCUGUCCCCUUGAGACAGCCUCUGACCAAAACCAAGCAGAGGUCAAUGCGGACACCUGAAAAGUCAAAGACUGUAAGGGAGAGAAGAGAGAGUGAUGCGAAGCUGAGCCUGAAGACAGCAGUUGAUGUGUCCGCCCCUGCUGGAGUGGUCAAGAUACUGAUACAACGGACUGAUAAACUGAGCUCUAAAGACCUGAGGGAAGGUACCCGGACAAGUUUUACACCAGUAAUCAACAUACAUGAGAUUUUCUCUAAGAGAUGAAGGAGUGUCAUUCACUAUUCACUACAUGAGAAACGGGGUUUGUCGGAUGACUUGUUUGCUAGUAUGACUGAAAGCUAACUCAGAUGAUUCAAAGUCUGGAAUGCUUAAUUCAUUGCCAUUUGGGUCUGCUGCAGACUGUAUUUGCUGUUACUAAGUUACAGAUAUACAGUUGAAGUCGGAAGUUUACAUACACUUAGGUUGGAGUCAUUAAAACUUGUUUUUCAACCAUACC